CCUCCUUCGAACUCGGAAGAGUGGCAGCUGUUGGCAAAAAAGCCUCAUGGGCGACAUCGGCUCUCACGGGCAAGCAACGGCCGUCAAGCAGGAGGGCGAGCGGCUGCCGGUCAUCGAGUUCCUCUCGCCCAUCGAGCUGGGAAGGCACUUGGCCCUCCGAUUCCUCGCCUUCGCCAAGAGCAAGCCGCGCGGUGUGAUAGCGCUGCCCACCGGCAAAACGCCCGAAAUGUUUAUCAAGUUCCUCACGCUGUACCGGGACGAGUGGGGCAGCAAGGCGGUCGAGGAAGAUUUCCGGCAGGGCGGGCUCGCCUCGCUGAUGGGCGGGCCCUUCCCGGACACAUCCGAACUGACAUUCGUACAGCUGGUAAGCCAUUGCAAUUAACGCGUCGUCACCACACGUACAUCUCGCCUCCAGUCAGUCAGUCGAUUGAUUGUGUCUGUCGUGCUGUGGUGUCUGUGUGUGUACUGAUCAGGACGAGUUUUUCCCCAUUCUGCCCAGCCACAAGAACGCCUUCACCCACUACGUCCGCGAGCGGUACAUGCCCCUCCUCGGCAUUCCUGAGUCACGCUUCAUCCACAUGGACCUCAUCGCAGCUGGCGUCAUCACGGCCAACGACAUUCACGACCUGUUUCCCGACGGCAAAGCCGACAUCUCCCUCCUCUCGCGCGACCCCGUCAGCGAGGUGGAGAAGGAGCGUGCUGCAGCGCUGAAGCGUGUAGCUGAGUUCUGCCAAAAGUUUGACGAGCGGGUGCGGUCGCUGGGCGGUAUCGAUUUCUUUCUCGGAGGCAUCGGGCCGGACGGUGAGUAGUCGACAAAGACAGACGCUAGUUCUCCACCACACAAAGGACAUUCAUGUGUGUCUGUCGUGUGUGUGCUGAUGGAUCAGGUCACAUCGCCUUCAACAUGCCUGGCAGCGGUCACGACAGCACCACCCGUCUGGUGAGGCUCAACUACCCCACAGCGGCCCAGGCGGCAGUGGACCUGGGAGGCAUCGAGUACGCCCGGGACAAGCUGGCCAUGACGCUGGGGCUGGGCACCAUCUGCAGCAAGAGGGACAGCAUCAUCAUCAUCGCCGCCGUGGGAGAGGGCAAGGCAAAGGUCAGUCAAGUUAGAGUCAAACUGACUCUAACUGAUGGACGUUUGUGUGUAGGUGGUUCGCGACGCCCUGUUGAGUCAUGUGAGUGAGGACGUGCCAGCGACAGCCUUCCACUCCCACACAGGUAUGACUGACACAGCCACUCACCGCCACUCAGCCAGCCGUGUGCAAUCCAUCCGUGUGCACACUGGAUGCCUGUUGGUUCAGGGUGUGUGUUGUAUGUGUCUCGCGGAGCUGUCAAGGAGCUGCCGAACAGAAGAGCCAUUCACCUGCAAAGGUCAAACCAGUCAUCCGCUUGUCCAACAUCGUGGAUACAUUUGUGUGUGUGUGUGUGUGUGUGUGGCGUUGCAGGCAGCUGGACGACUGCGCGUCAUGUGGUGAGUCGGUCGAUUCAGUGCGCGACAGGGUCAUCGACGAGGGCUUCAUCAAUACGGCCCUCCAACAGCGCUGCUCCAUCGAAUCGCUGCGGCAAGAGCACCUCCAGUCCACACCCACAGGUGUGCAACGAUCACACACGAGUAACAAAGGAAUCGGCACACAGGCAUUCUGUCGAUUGACGUACGUGUCAGGUCGGCUGGCUCUCCGCACAGUGGAUGCCUGCGGUCCCCUCUCGGCCCCCUCGUCGGCCUGGCCGCCGAGCGAGGAGUCGUCGCGUCGGCUGAUGUCCAAGCUCGACAGGGGGCUGGCCACGCUCAAAGGCAUCCCCGCAUUCAGGAGCAGCUACCGAGGCAAGAGAGGCGACGAGAUGGUUGGUGGUGUAGGGGCUGAGGAGGUUGUGUUUCUGCACACCGCGCCGCACCAUGACGACAUCAUGCUGUCGUACCAUCCGCUGAUGAAGGUCUUCCUGUCACUCCCCAACUACCAUCACCAUUUCGCGUACCUCACCAGCGGAUUCCACUCAGGUAAUCCACUCCCAACAGCACCCACAUCCACGUAGGCAGACGAAUCGUGUGCUCAUGUCUAUUCUCUCUCUUUGUGUUCAGUGAGUGACUCCUACAUGCUGUCGACUCUCGCCCGUGCCUUCAACUGUGAUGGCGGCGUCGACCGGUUCAUCGCGAAUGCGUCGGCUCUCAUCUUCAGAGCGCCCUAUGACGAGGUACUGCAGCGAUUCACGGCCGCUCAGCAGCGAAAGGACAAUGACACAAUGGGCCACAUCGAAACGGUCAGGGAAUGUCGGGGGGACAGACAGACAGGCAGAUGCGAGCGGAUAUGUAAUGCGUUGGUGUGCAGGUGUUAAUGCUGCGUCAAGUUGUGGCCAUAUGGGAUGCCACGGAUGCGGCAGCACUCGCUCAGGUGGCGCGUCGUCUGCAUGAGAAGGUGUUGCCGUCGCACAUGCCUGGCGACGCUUUGAGCCGUGAGCUGCAGCUCCUCAAGGGCGGCAUGAGAGAAACCGAAGUCGACAGGUGCGUCCCACACGCACCAUUACAUAGACAUACAUCUGGUUUGACGCGUGCAUCUUGGUGUCUUGUUGUGCCUGUAGGAUGUGGGCAUUGCGUGGCGUGUCAAGUGACCGGACGCGCCAUCUGCGCAGCAAGUUCUACACCGACGACUACUUCACGCCCCUGCCCACGCUCGAUGACGACGCCAUGCCACUCGCAAAACUGAUACAGGUCACACACAACACUGUAUCUCCUCCCUAAUGGCGCCCACUGCCUCUCUCCACUGUUUGUGUGUACAGGAGUGCAAUCCCGAGGUCAUCACCGUUGCACUCGACCCUGAGGGCACCGGGCCUGAUACCCACUACAAAGUUCUGCAGGCAAGCGUGGCGACCAUAUACACACGUCCAGUGCACAUCCACGUCCGCUGCGACCGGCUGCAGGUGGUGGCAGAGGCGGUGCGGUACGUGUCGGCUGAGCGUGCGUCUCGGGGCGUGUCGUGGAGUCCGUCGAUAUGGGGGUACCGCAAUGUGUGGCACCGGUUCGACAUGUGGGACGCCAACCUCAUCUUCCCAACCGACCAACAGCUGCUGCACGAGAUGAACGACGCAUUCCUCUCAUGCUUCUCCACACAAAAGGUCAGACACGGCCCACCGGCACACACCACUGUGUGCUGAAUCGUGUGUGUGCGUGUGAGUGUGCAGGCAGCGUCUUUUCCGUCGCCCUACUAUGACGGGCCUUUCAGCAAAUGGGGCGAGGUAAACCGAACGCUCACGUGACGGCACACAAUGCGCUGAGACGCAUGCUUGCUGGUGUCUGUCUGUGUCAGGCCAUCCAGCGUGAGCAGUUGGCCGAUCUGAAGACUCUCCUGGGCCCAUCAUACGCCACCAACCACCCAGUACCGGCACACACACGGACACUGUCAUGUGUGCUGUGGAUGGAUGCGUCGUCCCCCUGCGUCUCCAUGUGUGCAGGAUGCCCUGGUCAGUGGGGCUAGUGGCUGCAUCCUGCUCAAGGAGAUGACGGCACAGGAGUUCCUUCGAGAGGCCCGAGAACUCAAAGACCGCCUCCUCACCUAUCACAACAACCGCAGCUAGAUGGUCUUCGGUGGUGUUGACUUUCUGGUGCCGCUGGGCGGGCUGGUGGCAGACUGAAGUGUGUCUGUGACGAUAUCGAUGUCGCCGAUUUUGGUUGUGCAUUGGCGUUUUUUCUGCAUUUAGUACUGUCUGCAUUGUGCGUUCUGGAUUAUACAGCAAUAGGUCGUGGGGGGUGGGAUGGUGCGUUCAAUGGGGCAAGUUCUGUGGGCAGGUUCUGCUCGUUUGUGUGGGUAGGCGGCUGAGCUGCACUUUUUCUAGUGUCGAGGGGGAAGACACAACGCUCUUAAU